AAUAACGCUAGAAAAAACAUUUCAAUGGAGGGAGGAGGAGGCUAAAAUGGUAAAUUAGCUUCACAAAAUAAGUGAGGAUGAUUUUAUCUGGGAAUAAUUUCAUUUGUGUGUCUCAACACUCUCGACUCUGAAGAGGUUUCCGCAUGGCGGCAUUGUGUGGCAUUUACUAUGGCGUCCGAACCCCUCUGAAAUUCGACUCCACCUCCACCUCCACCAGGGUUUUUUCCUUUCAAGCUCUCAAAUGGACCACCACCAGGUCCACCACCAGGCUUCGAUUCACUUUCCCCCAUUUUCCUCCACUCUCUGCAGUCCGUAAUGCCGGUGGUGCUAGGUGUUCCCCACUCGCUUGCUCCAGAAGAACCCAACAGGGGGAGGACGGUUUAUCUACUUCAGGUAAUCCAGAAGAAAUAACCCAGGGCCCUGAAACUUAUGUAUCCUCCAUUAGAACUGUUGCUUUAUGGGUGUGCAUGGCUGUGAUAUUUGGUGUUGGUGUGGGGUUUAAAGAUGGAGUUGGCAAAGCAUCGGAGUUUUUUGCUGGGUAUUUAUUGGAGCAAAGUUUGUCCGUGGACAAUCUAUUUGUCUUUGUUUUGAUUUUCAAGUACUUUCAAGUACCAACAAUGUAUCAGGGUCGGGUUCUUUCAUAUGGUAUUGCUGGUGCAAUUAUCUUUCGUUUGUCAUUGAUACUUCUAGGAACCGCCACCCUUCAGAGGUUUGAAGCAGUAAACCUAUUAUUCGCUGCAAUACUUCUGUUCUCAUCAUUCAAGCUAUUUGCUGCUGAUGAAGAUGAGACAGACCUAUCCAACAACUUUGUAGUGAAGACAUGCCAGAAAUUCAUUCCUGUGACUGCUAAUUAUGAUGGCAAUCUAUUCGUAACAAUUCAAGAUGGUGUCUGGAAAGCCACUCCUUUACUCCUUACAGUAGUAGUUAUUGAGCUCAGUGACAUUGCAUUUGCUGUCGACUCAAUACCAGCGGUUUUUGGUGUUACACGGGAUCCUUUCAUAGUUUUUACAUCUAAUCUCUUUGCCAUCUUAGGUUUGAGGUCACUUUACACACUUAUUUCUGAAAGCAUGUCAGAAUUGGAGUAUCUACAGCCAUCCAUUGGUGUUGUUCUGGGCUUUAUUGGGUGUAAGAUGAUCUCAGAUUUCUUUGGAUUCCAUGUAUCAACUGAGGCUUCUCUCGGUUUUGUCGCUACAAGUCUUGGUGCUGGGGUACUGUUGAGUCUAAUGAAGAAAUCUGACUAGCCAAAGGAGCUGGGACAGUUGAUUGAUUUGUUUUAAAAUUUACAACAGGCAGUCACAUUGUUGCUCUUUGUCUGUUCCAGUCCAAUUUACAAUCGGCCACCAACUGUGAAACUGAUAUUUAUCUGGCUUUGAUGGUAAUAAUAGAUUUCAUUGACUAUCA